GCCCAAAGUUCACAAAAUCGAACAAGGAAUCAUCGAAGGAGCGAGUAGUGGAGGUGAGACUGAGAGCGAUAAUGGCAUUGGGUGCGACGGCGAUCGGAGCCUUGCUUGGUUUGGGUACUCAGAUGUACUCCAAUGCCCUCCGUAAACUCCCCUAUAUGCGACAUCCGUGGGAGCAUGUCUUGGGAAUGGGUUUGGGUGUUGUUUUUGUUAAUCAGCUUGUGAAAUGGGAUGCUCAACUCCAGCAAGACCUCGACAAGAUGCUCGAAAAGGCCAAAGCAGCAAACGAGCGACGUUAUAUUGAUGAUGAUGAUGAUUAAGUGAAUUUCUUCAAGAGCUGCAGUGCUUCUGUCAUGAGAAUCUUGUGGUACAUUGGCGUCAUAAUCAAACUUUUUGGGUUUUUAAUGUCCUUUUACUGUACUUUUGAGUUUGUCAUAACUAGCUGAUGAACCUAUUUUGAACAGGAGAUUCAGCAACAACUCAUAAUGUUGAAUGGCUAUUGUUGUAGCUUCAUUAAUAAUUCAUAGAUUUGGUCCAGUUCCUGUAUAAUCCCACAACUGAUUCACAUCUAAUGUACACCUGCUGUGCCUCUCAAACUGAGGUUUGUGUUUGAUA